AUGAACGGCACCUCGACUCACCACAUCGGCGCUGUCGCAGGGUAUGCUGCAUCAGCUUCGUCCCGCGCCACUGGCCCCUCCGGCGUCUCUGCUUCCGGGUCAAAGAAGUCUGCAAGCGAGGGGACUGACAAACAUCCUCCGGCAGGAUACGUCACCAUAAGCAACAAUCUCCUCGCUUCUCUGCGUCCGACAAAGGUCUUCAGACCAGCGCAACCUGCCGCAUUGUCCAAGCAUGACGCUACAACAGAGCAAGUGGGUAGCUUAACGCACAGCGACCAGUCGAAGCUGCCGCACAUUACCAGCAUGUGCUUCGAUGAUCGAGGAGAGCAUCUGGUCACAGCGGCGGAGAACGAGACAUUUCAGGUGUACGAUUGUCGGAAGGGCAAGUGAGUAAAGGAACAUCGAUUUUGACGGUGCGCUCAGUCGUCGACCAAAUAGUCGUUCGAGGAAAGUUUGAACAUGCUGAGUGACCUGGCGCAUGCUGAGCGGGCAGGACUUGGUCGAUUGACUGUUAUCACAUCCUUCUGCUUCUCUAGGAGCACUCGGACACUCUACUCCAAAAAGUACGGAGUACAUCUGACGCGUUUCACACACACCAACUCUGCCAUCAUCCAUGCUAGUACUAAGGAAGAUGGUGAGCUCCUUGCUCGACUAGGUACAGCUCAGUCACGCUCAACAUGAUUGGGCUUCGACGCGCAGACACCAUUAGGCAGCAUUCGCUUGAAAAGAACACAUAUCUUCAAUAUCACAGAGGUCACAAGGCCAAGUGAGUCGCUUCGAGUACACGAAUGGGACCUACUGCAGACUGAGAAGUGCUUCGGCUCGGUAGGGUCACCACACUCCAGAUGUCGCCCUUGGACGAAACCUUUCUCAGCGGCGCUGUGGAUGAGUCUGUGCGGCUUUGGGAUCUCAGAUCUUCCCACACUCAGGUGAGGAUAGUGGUCGCUGGAAGGGGCCCCCCUCAAUCUCGUUAUGCAAACUCAACAAGCUGGGACUGCUCCUUUGUCAAGGGUCUGAUGCGGGUGAAAGGUCACCCGAUUGUAGCGUACGACUCAACAGGUCUGGUUUUCGCCCUUACCAUCAGCGAAAGAGCGCUCGUUUUGCUCUACGACGUACGCUCAUUUCACCUAGUGAGCAUAGCAGUACGAGUCAUGUGUCACUUGGGCACUUGACGAGCGAUCUGCUAAUGGGGAUUCCCUUCAUUCUAUCUCUCAAGACGCCUUUUCUGAGCAUUGCGCUUCCAGAAAGGACUGUGCCUACUGCAUUGGCCUUCAGUCCGAGCGGGACUUCGGGCUCUGACGGCUCGUUGCUGCUCGUUGGAACAGCCAACGACACGCUCUACAUCCUAGACACUCGUGCAGGGGUCUUGCGAUUUCGUCUGGUAGGUCAUCAAGGCUUGCAAGAUGUUGCAGGAGGCAUGGGUGCGACUGAAGCGAUCCAAGAAGCGGGGAUAUCGGGUCAAGAGUUCAGUUGGUCCGCGGAUGGCGCUUUCAUUGUUGCAGGUGAGGGUCACCUUGUCCGCGCUCCGAUGGCGUGACGCUUGUAAUCCUCACAAUCACCUUUUCCUGCGCUGACAGGCACCUCGAGCGGAGACGUGCUUUACUGGGCUAUCCCGGCUUCCGCUCAGGCAUCCCUCACUGAACCGAUCGACAUCCAUCCUUUCAAAAGUUCACAGCGUCACUCAAGCGGCGCCAUCCGGUCCUUGGCCUUCAAUCCGCGAGCCGCAAGUGAGUCUCACGCCGAGGGGAGUAAUGCUCUGCACGCGAUCAGCAAAGCUUCAGCUGAUAGCAUCUCAAAUUGCUAGUGCUCGCCACUGCCAGCCAUGAUCUCACAAUGUGGCUGGUUCCACCUCCCGAAGAGUAG